AUGGUGGCUGCUGCUGCUGCUGCCGCGUCGGUGGCGGUAGCGGGCAAGAGUGAGGCCUUUACCGAGAGCAGUGACGACGAUGAACGGAGCCUGCCGCCGGUGCCUGUGGGCAUUGCAGAGACCGCCGCUGAUGGCGGGUCUGGCGGCGGCGGCGGCCAUCGGAGGCCGCCGCCGCGACCGCGGCGCGAGACGCUCUCGCCGACGCCCGAGGCUUCGGCACGGGCGAUGAUUCCGCCGCGGUCGCCCAAAGCGAUGGGCGGGGCCGGGACUGGCUCAUGUGAGUUUGGGUCGCGGGCGAGCCCGGUGCUUGCGCCGCUUGCGACCGGAGCAGGGCGAGUGUUGAACGAGAUGCCGCGGGCGUCGUCAGCGCCUAGUAUGGGCGGGUGGGCCGCGAGCCUGAGCGGCGGCUCGCCGCGGCCGGUUGCGCCGCCGCCGUCGAUCCCAUCACGUGGCUCGUCGCUCGUGGCGUCGGAGCGGUACUCGCGGAGCUCGUCGUUUGUCUCGGGCUCGGGCUCGGACUCGGACGACUCGUCAAUUUCGUCGAUCUCGUCGCUGUCGUCGUCGGCGGCGGCGGUGAGCGGGAGCGGCGGCGGGAGCGGACGGCACCCGAUGGGCCCGACCAAGUCGCAGGCGCGAGCGCUCGGUACGCUGCUCUCCGAGCUUGAUCUCGAGUCCAAGGCGUACCUCAUGGAGGAGGUCCUCCCGUCGGGCCGGAUGCGGUCGGUGCAGGUAGUCAUCGGGCGCGACGCCAUCAUGACCUGGCUCAUCAAGCCGCUUGCCGGCGGGAGUGGAGCCAGUGACGGGAAGCGGGCCAAGCUGCCUGCGGCGCCGCAGCUGACGCUGCAGUACAAGCACAACUUUCCGCGCAUUCUGGAGUUCCAGACCAACGACGUGAGGCGACUUUUCAUGUACAAGUACGAGCCCGGCAAGGGCGAUGUCCAGCUGUUCCGCUACUUUUCGCCGGCCGAACACCACGUGGUCUUUGACGCCGUCAUGGAGCGGGUGGCGGUCAUCGCCGCGUACCUGGAAAAGCUGCGGCGGAAGCAGUUUGUGGCGAGGGUGAGCGAUGGCGCACACUCACCGAGGCGACGGCGGCGGCGGCGACGGCGGCCCGAGGCCACCGCGUCGUCGGCACCCGGCGGCUUUCUCUCCCCACCGGCGGCGGCGACGUCGUCGGGGUGCGGCGGGAGCGGCGGCGGCGACGUGGAGGCCGCGUGGUCGUGGAUGACGUCGACCAACACCGACGACGCCGGCGACACGCUCGACACGUAUGACUCGGAUGUGUUUGAGAGCGACGACGACGACGAGCACGAUGUGUUUGCCAUGAUGCCCGGCACGCCCGACAUGGUGUAACGCGCUUAUUGUGUUCUUUGUCUCUCAAGUCGAGAGGAGCAUCUCACGGUUGUCGUAUGCCCAAAAGCCGGCAACGUCGGUGAGAAUGUUGACGACGGUCCCUCCGACGCCCGAGGCAAUCAGGUCGUCGAGGGUGAUCCGGGUCGGGUGUGCCGGCUUGACCAUGUCAAAGAUCUCGCCCAUGACGUCCUCUUUGCGCACAAGUGGAUAGCCUGCCGCGGCCAUCUCAGCGAGCACGUCCUUGAAGAACACGUUGAGCUCAAAGUACGAGAGUGCUCCGGUCUUGGAGAUGUCAAGGAUGCGGAAGAGCCACGAGAGCGCCUGAGGCUCG